CGCGGGGCGGAGAGCAGCCGCUGAACAUGGAGCUCACUGAGGACACUGAUGCAGGCACAUACAGCAUCACUCACACACACUCUAUGGACUGUACGAUCAACAAUCAUCUGCCUGUUUGUCCCGAACACCUGCACCAGGGAUACAGUUUGAAAAUACAAAUGAAAUCUACAGAAGUGGAUCCGGGGUUAUUCACUGACAGCUACUGCAAAGUGUGCAGCGCUCAGCUUAUCUCUGAGUCACAGAGAGUCGCCCACUAUGAGAGUCGAAAGCAUGCGAACAAGGUUCGUCUGUAUUAUAUGUUACACCCAGUGGAUGGUGGCUGUCCUGCAAAGAAGCUUCGAACAGACGAUGGCAGUGCAGAGGGAGACGUGGACAAGAACAAGUGCUGCACGCUGUGCAAUAUGUCGUUCACUUCGGCGGUGGUGGCCCAGUCACACUACCAGGGUAAGAUCCACGCCAAGAGACUAAGGCUACUGCUGGGGGAGCCACCUGCCAUCACAUCUAAAGAGGUGACAGCCAAUUCCGAGCAUAUGGUGACUGAAGACACCCCAGGAAGUCCUUCCAUACAUGGCAGGCUCUCACACCGCUACUGCCAAAUGUGUAAGGCCUGGUUCAACAACCCCGGCAUGGCCAGACAGCACUACGACGGCAAGAAGCACAAAAAAAACGCAGCCCAGGCUCACCUUCUCACACAGCUGGGUAAAAGUCUGGAGGACGGAGAUGAUCUAAACGGCCUGAAGCGGAGUCACACAUGUGAGGUCUGCAGUGUUACGCUCAACUCCGUGGCACAAUACCACGCACAUCUGCAGGGCUCCAAACACCAGAACAACUUGAAGAACAAAUAAAGUUUGAUGGCGCUCCUCUAUUUCAUCUCUACUCCUGAAACUAUUUGCGGAUCUGUCUGUGGAAAUCAAGGCUGCCUUUGAGACACCACAUGACAGCGAUAUCAGUUCAUAGUCCCUUGAUCCAUUGUGUUAUGACAGCCAUAUGGACACUACCAGUGCAGAGACCUGGAUCAUGAUAGUGGAUAAUGGACCAGUGCAUUUUGCUAAAUUUGUAUAUAAAAAGAAAACAAAAAAAGGAUCACAUCUUGAACACUUUAUGUAUAUAUUUAAGGCAUGUCAAAUGGACACAAUUAUGGCUUUCUUAUUUAAAUGUGGUGUGAUUAAAAAAAUAUGUUGAUUGUAAUUGUAUUCAUAUUUUAAUUUAAAUGCAUUUAUGUGUUUUAGAGUGAAAAUGUCAUUCAAAUGUUGUAGUUCUCAGUCUACUAUUGCAUUUUCUUGAUUUAUUUUGUCUGAAGGAACUGAAAAUGAGACUUUGUCAACAUUUAAAAGCUGAAUUUAAUCAGCAUACUAGCAAAACUAAUGGACUGAAGUACAAUGAUUGUUUUAAAUCCAUCUUUUUUUGAAAUAUUCAUUACUUCAACACUUUCAAGAGACUUGUGUCAUUCUAAAUGUUCAGCAAACACUUUUCAAACAUCAGCUGCUGUAUGAAUAGAUAGAAAACGAACUGUUUACUAUCUUGUGCAAUGACUGUAGAAGAAAGAAACCCAAGAGAUUACUAUAAGAGAGCAUUACUGAGAUGAAAAAGUUAAUAGUCUGUUAUCAUGCUGUACUUUGCUGAGAUGGGGUCAUUUUAGUGCUUUUCACAAAGGACUGAAUGCUGAUUUCCAUUUGUGCACCAUUCCAUUAAAAAAAAGGCAAAAUAAGCAAAUUAUCCGCAAACGAUAAUGACUUUUAUCAAAUGAAGCUAAGAUAUUAGUAUUGUUUAUUACUGAAAUAUUGUUUUGACUCUUACAAAUGACAUCCUAGAGAAUAAAACAAUUCUGACACCAAUACGAUUAGUAGUUGUUUUUUUGUGUUACAGUAUCAUGAAGCUUGAAAUGCUAUCAAAAUGAAUUCUCGACUUGCAGUGUUACGAUGCUAAUUCACACUUAUUUUGCAAGUGCCACUGUUGUUUUUGUACUGGAAUGAGAAGCAAACAAAAAACAAAGCUAUCCUAAUAAAUCACGUCUGUG